AUGACAGCUGAGGCCUGGGAGCUACGGAUCUUGAUGGUUGCACUGGGACGAGGACGUGGUAGGCGUGGUGCGAAUCCUGUAGAGGAACCGACGAGGGGUGCGUAUGCUUUUAUAGCUGCAAUGAACACCAUGGCUGAGGCUGUGCGUGAAACGGCAACUGCUACUAUGCGAGCAAUUGACCGUUUAGGAGAGAAGAACGGAGAUCGUAACGGAGGACGCAAUGGUGAGCGUGGUGGAGACGAUAAUGAUAAUGAAGGCGCUAGAAACCACGAUAAUCCUAUGACACUAACAACCUUUUUGAAGUCACUGCGAGCGCAACAUGUACCAGAAAGACAACACGUGGAGUUUGCGACCUAUAUACUAGAAGGAGAAGCUGAACAUUGGUGGCAUGGAGUGCAACGCUUGUUGAGGCAGGUGGUGGAGGAUACUGAUUGGGAUACUUUUAAGGAGGAAUUUUACAAAAAGUAUUUUCCUAGAACUGUUUGUGAUGCUAAAGAAAUAGAACUGAUGCAGUUGACGCAGGGGAAUAUGUCAGUGGCAGAAUAUACUAAAAAAUUUGAGAAUUUGUGUCGAUUCUCUAAGAUCUGUCAGGAAAACCCAGAUGAUUUUGAAGAAUGGAAGUGUUUGAAGUACGAAGGAGGACUCCGCGAAGAGCUAAUGCAUUCGUUAGUACCACUGGAAAUACAGAAUUUUGUAGAGCUUGUCAAUAAGAGUUAG